AUGUUGAAAUUCAUUCCGUUGCUCGCCCUUGUGGCCAUCGCCAGUGCGGCACAACAGAUCCAGCCCGGGCUCGGAAACCCUUUGCUUCCUUUACCAGUACGCCGAGCAAGAAGUGUUGAACCAUCCGAAAAGCUUGCCGUAUCGAAUGAAGAGCACAAUAUCGAGGCAACCGGCGACGCAGACGACAUAGAUAAGGCUGAAACCUAUGGAUACGGUUACUACUACCCUUCGUACGCAUACGGACACCGAGGAUACGGAGGAUACGGAGGAUAUGGAGGAUACGGAGGAUAUGGAGGAUACGGAGGAUAUGGGGGAUACGGCGGCUAUGGUGGAUACGGCGGGUAUGGUGGCUACGGCGGAUAUGGUGGAUACGGCGGGUACGGAGGGUACGGAGGAUAUCCUUACGGAUACUACUAUUAA